AUGUCGGCAAAUCUGUAUCGCACGAAACGGCCAGAGCAAUACUACCAUAUUCACGGCUCCUUGGAAGCAUCAACAACACUGCGAAUGAUAGGACUAGAGCCUUUCCGCCCGGAUCUCACGGAGCACAAAGAUAUCGUCGAUACAAUUGAGUCCCAUGUUGAGAAGUACACGAUCGAAGAGCUGGAAGAACUCAAUGCCAAGCAUACGCAAGCUGGCGUGCCGGCAUUCAAGCAUGAAGAGUUUUUACUCACUCCCCAUGUACGGCCAAACCUCCUGCAUAUGAUUCUCGAGCUCUGUCGAAUUGUUGCCGGGCCGACGAUGGGCCGCAUCCUGGCCGAGUAUGGGGCUGAUGUAUUGAAGAUCACAAGCCCCAAUCUCAGCGAUGUCCCGUUUUUCCAAGUGGAUGGAAACAUGGGGAAGCAUGCCGCUAAUAUCGACCUAAAAACGGUCGAGGGAAAGCGGCUAUUUGAGGAACUGGUCCAAGAUGUGGACGUCGUCCUCGAUGGUUACAGACCUGGAGCCCUCAGCCGACUAGGAUAUGGAACACAGUUCAUGACCGAACUUGCAAAGAAGAGAGGACACGGGGUCGUUUACGUCAAUGAAAACUGCUUCGGCUAUGAAGGCGAAUGGGCCUCCCGACCAGGAUGGCAGCAGAUUGCAGACUGCGUUACGGGACUGGCGUGGGAGCAAGGAAAGUUUAUGGGCAUUGAUGAGCCUAUCGUGCCUCCGUUUCCCAUAUCAGACUAUGGAACGGGGUGCAUUGGCGCCAUCGCGGCUCUGACAGGACUCUACAACCGUGCUACCAUUGGCGGGUCGUGGCACGGAAUGGCAUCUUUGAUGCAAUACGACCUUCUCUUGUUCAAAGCAGGACUGUAUCCUGCAGAUGUCCAGGCGUCCCUGCGCAAAUCCGCCGGAGAAAGCCUGUCUCAGAUGCGACACAGCCAUAGCGUAGACCAGAUUUCUGGUGCUGCACUGCUCAGUAUGCAGAAGAACUACCCGGACAGCAAAGACAUCAGCAAUGGUGCUAUUGGCGCUGAAAAAGUAGGGGGCACUCUUGGCCAGGAGUUCACAGAACAUGUCAUCCAUGCAAUGGGCCCGAAGACGAACCCCAGACUGCGCCAAGUGAUGUCCUCGUUCAUCCAACAUAUUCAUGACUUUGCUCGUGAGGUGCAGCUCACUACGGAUGAGUGGAUGCUUGCCGUGCAAGUGUUGAACGAAGCUGGCAAAAUGAGCAAUGAAAAGCGAAAUGAGGGACAGCUAGUGUGCGAUGUGAUCGGGCUGGAAUCAUUGGUGGAUGAUAUUACAUACCAGCAGGCGGUUCGGACAGCACAGCCAUUGACACAAACCGCCAUUCUGGGACCGUUUUGGCGCAGCGACACGCCUGUUCGCGAAAACGGCACAACAAUCUCUUUCAACACUCCGAAAGAUGGAAAGACGGCUUACAUGUUUGGGAAAAUCACCAGCGCCGAUACUGGAAAGGGCAUACCCAAUGCAGUUGUGGAUGUGUGGCAGGCUUCCACCAAUGGCUUAUAUGAACAACAAGACGACGAUCAGUGCGAGCACAACCUACGAGGAAAGUUUAUCACCGAUGCCGAAGGGAGAUAUUCCUUCUACUGCCUGCGACCGACGCCAUACCCUGUCGAGGCAAAGGGCCACAACCAUUGGCAAAGACUGAAGUCGGAGCCGGAUCACAUCGUGGAGAUAUCUGACCAUACUGCCCACCUCGUGCUGAUUGCACUCUGCAAGGAUCCGGGAACCAGGCAAGAUGCCAUGAAAGUUAUCGCAAACUUUGAUGUCGCUGAACAGAAUCGGCCGCUAUCGGAAAAUAGCACCUGCAGUACGAAGCGCAAAGUGAGGGACGAUGACGUUAUGGUUUGCGAGCAAUGCACAAAAAUCUACACUGAAGACGAGAACUCGGACACUGCUUGUAAUUUUCACAGCGGCCAGUUGGAGCCAGACUACGAUGGCGAAGUCUGGUGCGACCACGACGAGGACAGUCACGGCAUCAUCGACAGCGACGAGCUGCGCCGCGAAUACCCUGAAGGCUACAUUUAG